AGUGAAUUGAAUAAAACCUUGCAUCGAAACCACAGUUAAAUUUUAUUUAUAAUUGAUUGGGUAUUGAAUUAUGGGGGUUAGGUUAUCACUUUUAGCUCCAUCGGCGCCAACGGUGGCCAUAUCCUCCUACGUUGAUAUAUUGAAAAAUAUGCAAUAUAUUGAACUAAUUAAUAAUUCGAGGUUCCUUAAGACAAUCAAAGCAAUAGAUGAUGAAUCAGGAAACUUAAUUGUUAUCAAGAUGUUAAUUAAACCUUCUUCAAGCUUCACAAUUAAUUUGCAUGACAUCAAUGAGUUAUUGAUAAAAGAAGCUUCCCUCCUAUCACAGUAUAAUAAUAUAUUACCAUGGCAUAAAAUAAUUGAAACGGACAGGGCAGGUUACCUAAUACGACAAUUAAUGAAAACUAAUUUAUACGAUAGAUUAUCAAUUCGUCCCUUUUUGGAGCCAAUAGAGAAAUUAUUCCUCGUUUUUCAGAUGUUAAAAAUUUUGGAAUUAUUGCAUUCUACCUUAAAUAUUAAUCAUGGAGAUCUAAAAUCGGAAAACUUUCUAGUUACGUCUUGGAAUUGGCUAAUGCUAACUGAUUUUGCUGGGUAUACCAAACCAACAUUUAUACCAGAAGAUAACCCAAAUCAAUAUUCCUUUUAUUUCGAUAGCUCAGGCAGAAGAGUUUGUUAUGUUGCACCAGAAAGAUUCUAUAACUCAAAAGAAUCAAGUUCUGAUUAUCCCCCUGUGAAGUUUAGCGAAAAUGGUAAGUUCAGUGGUAAAGAUGGAUUGACAGAUGAAAUGGAUCUUUUUAGUUUAGGUUGUGUUAUUGGUGAGUUGUAUUCUGAUGGGGAACCAACAUUUACAUUAUCUCAACUAUUUAAGUAUAUAAAGAAUGAGUAUUCUCCAGACUUAUCCGGGAUUCAUGAUACCGAUAUAAAAGAAAUGGUGAAAUCUUUAAUAAGCUUGAAUCCAAAUGAAAGACCGUCCGUUGAAUCUUUACUUACCAAAAGUAAAGGGAAGUGCUUUCCAGAUUUUUUCUACGAUUUCCUUUACGAUUUCAUGUAUGAUUUAAAUAAUAAUGAUUUAUUCAUAGUACCAGAGGAUAAUGAUAAUGUAUCGAUUAGUGAUUUGAAAAUCAACAAAAUUUAUGAAAAUUUCGAUAAGAUUGCUCAUCAUCUUAAAUUUGAUUACGAUUCAACAAGAAUGGAAGACGUUGAACUAGAUCAUCUUAUUCCUCUUAAAUUUAAUUUAAAAGGAAUGCCACCAAAUUAUAGUAUAAAACCUACUUCGUUCUUUGUCAAUACUAAUAAAUCACAGGAGCAUGCAUCUUUGAUAAUCUUAAAUUUUAUCUUUUCAUUGAUCAAGACUUUGAAGCAACCAACAUCAAAAUUAAGAGCCUGUGAAUUAAUUGUGGUAUUAUCAGAGCGUGUGAACGAUGAAGCUAAGUUAGAUCGCUCAAUUCCUUAUCUUUGCCAUUUAUUGGAUGAAUAUAUUAAUCAAGUUUCCAAUAAUGAACUCCAUUAUCAGCAAGAAAACCAACAACAGAAGCCAAUCCAAGUAAACUUAUCACAACACGUGAAAUCUUCAUCGAAAGUAGCUUGUUUUGCUCUUCCAGCUAUUGCUACUUUGCUAGCUUCAUGUUCUUAUAUUACUCCUGUCAACGUUCUAGUAUUUCCUGAGUAUCUACUUCCAAUAUUGGAUAAAUUAGUUCUGAUUCCUGCAAGUAAAGAAGAUGAAAGUGAACAGGCUUUGAUAAAGAUUACCCUUGCAACAUGCUUACCAAAUUUGGCUCAAACCUCAAAAAGAUUCUGGAUGAUGUCGAAAACUUUCAAAAAUAAAGCCAUCAAAGACUAUAAAAGUAGAUUGAUGAUUCAUUCAAAUGUUGUAAGUAAAGGGUUGGUGAAGCCAGAAGAUGAUGAAGAAUUACUAAAUUCGUACAACACUUUCAACAUUCCCAAAGAACAGCUUGACUCUGAUUUUGAAAACUUGACAUUCAGUUUGUUGACUGAUCAAAAUGUUAAUGUGAAGAUAAGUUUGGUGAGAAAUAUUUUACCAUUAUGUAAAUUUUUUGGAAUUGUUAAAACUAAUGAUACUAUUCUUCCUUAUUUGAUAACCUAUUUGAACGACUCAAACUAUGAAUUGAGAUUGGCGUUUUUGUCUUCAAUUUUUGAAAUUGGGCCUUAUGUGGGGGUUCUUUCAUUUGAGCAAUAUUUGUUACCAUUAUUAAUCCAGACUUUAGGGGAUCAGGAACAACUUAUUGUGCUAAAAGUGUUACAGAUAUUCCAUCACUUCGUUAGUCAUCGAUUGAUAAAUCCAAAAACAGAGUUUAAUGCAUUGUCGAUAUAUAGAGAGCUUUUGAAAAACUCCUUAAGUUUACUUUUGCAUCCUAAUGAAUGGAUUCGUCAAUCAGUUUUGAAUUUGGUUUUGAGUAUAAAUGAAAAUUUAUCUGAUGCUGAUCAAUACUGCUUUCUUUAUCCUUUGAUCAAAAACUUUUUAUCUUACGAUAUUGCAACUAUUAACUGGAACACGUUAUAUCCGUGUUUGACCCGUCAGCUCUCAAGACAAGUGUACGAUACUGCAAAUACUUGGUGCAUUAACGCUCUGUCAAGAUCUUUAUUCUGGCAACAGAGAACCUUUUCUGCGUUUACAGAUCUCAAUGGGAAUAAAAAGAAAGCAAUGAAGAUUGUAUCAUACUCUAAGAAUAUGGGUAAAUCAGUAUAUGUACCACAGGUCAAUGGAUCAACAGAGAUUGGAGAUAAUGGUAGUAUGAAUGACAACUAUCUGGAUAAUAGUAUGGCAAACGUUCCGUUAUCAGCAGAAGAUAGACAAUGGAUAUUGAAAUUGAAGUCGGUAGGAUUAGACGACAAAGAUUUAUGGAAAGUAUUUGCACUUCGGGACUACAUAUCCCAUGUGAGUAGAAAUCAUCAUACUACUACAGGAGCAGCUCAAGAUCUUGAAUUAGUCAAGGAAGUGAAUAUUCCUCCACGGAACUUUUUUUUUGAAGUAUGUUAUAAAACCGAGCCAAUAGCUAAUAAAUCACGUACAACUGAGGCAGAUAGUGAAAACAGCGGGAUUGACGAUGCAAUAUCUAUAAAAUCACGUCGUGAUUCGAAUUCGUUGAUAAUUCCACAGUUUGGAAGAGUUAGGGCCUCUCUACAAAUAGUAGAAGCUAACGUAUUUGGAGAGUUAGAGCUCGGGCGUGAUAGUGGGAAUCACAAGUCAAAUGGGUCUAGUUAUCCACAAGUGCAACAUCACCACCACACACAUUCUAAUAAUAAACAAGAAACUCAUAAAGUUUUCAGUAUCAAUAAUCAGAAAAUAAUAUCGAAUAAUCUGAGACAUAGUUACAGUGGUUACAACCCAUACAUAUUGAAUUAUUUACAACAUGUUUCAUUUGAUCCUAGUUUAGAUAAUUUCCCAGAGUUUGGGAAAGUGGUUAAAGUGAGUGGUCGAGGAAUCAAUAAUCAAAUGAGUAAACACCAAGGUUUCAAACCACGAGGAGUUGUUGUUGCACAUGUUAAUAGCAACCAAGUAUCGGAUUAUAUAGAUGGUAUCAACGUUGUUACUACAUGUCCUACAUCCGAAUUUUUUGUUACCGGAUCAGAACUAGGAUUUUUAAAGAUUUGGGAUACUUCAAAGUUGGAAAAAAACAUCAUAUCCCGUACAUCAAUAUUAUCGACUAAUGUUAAAUCAGGGAUUGUUGAUAUUCAAUUCAUGCCUAAUAGGUUUAUUAUGGCCGUUAGUACCAAGGAUGGUAAGAUCAGAAUAUAUCGAAUUGAUGUUUCGAGAGAUAAACAUAAAAAGAUUGUCAAAUAUAAUAAAUUAGUGAUUAUUAGAACAGUUGAAUAUAAUGAUAAUUGUGAAACAAGUUUUGGUGAAGACAUGAGUGAGAAUUUGAAGACCAAGACUUUUUUAUCCAAAUUACAAUUUGUUAUCACCAAUACCAAAACAUACUUGGUUGGUAUUACCACCGGCUGCAAGAUAGUUGGAUAUGAUGUUAUUAAGAUGGAGAAAGAGUUUGAACUAAAUAAUCCCUUAAGACAUGGAAUACCGACUAGUUUUAUUGUGGGGCAUAAUAAGAUUUGGUUAUUGGUUGGUACAAGUGAUGGGAUUCUUACAUUAUGGGAUUUAAGGUUCAAAAUCUUGAUCAAGCUGUUUAGAGUAAGAAAUGCCAAUGAGGAUUAUCAAGGGAAAUUUGCCAUUAAGAAAUUGGUCUUAUUAUCAUCAUCAUUUAGUAUUGAGAAGAAUGAGCUGAAAAACCAUGAUCAAGUCAACACCUAUUUUGCAAUGAUUGGAGGUAACAAAGAAGGGGAUAUAAUAGUGUGGGAAUUACCGAGUUUCCAAUGUCGACAAGUAUAUAAUUCAUACGUGAUCAAUCCAAAAAUCAAACAAUACAAAUUAGAAGAGAUUGAUGAAAACCAUGAAAUUACCAUUGAUGAUAUUUUUGCCGACUUGAAUAUCGAUACCGAUCAACUAGAAAACGGCGGCACAAGCAAUAUGGACAAAAGUAUGACGGCUUUAAAUUACUUUAGUAAGAAUGGGAAACAUUGCAUCGAGGAUUAUUUUGUUAGUGCCACCUGGGAUCGAAGGUUAAUUGUUUGGAAUACCACCAACGUUCAGGAAUCGGUUGCUUUAGAUAAUCAAGAUUGGGGGGUUAGUCGACAAAUUGGAUUUGUGAAACAUCAAGUAAAUCUGAAUGUAACCAAUAUUAAUGAAAAAUUACAGGAUGCAAAAACCGUUUCCAAAUCAAGUUCCAAAGAUAAACAAAACGACAAGCCAGCCAACGAGUUCCGCUACGACUUCGUAGGCCAUAUGGACGAAAUCACCGACAUUGACACCAUCAUUGCAAAGCCUUUUGAUAUGAUAGUAUCUGUUGAUAGAAACGGGUACAUUAAUCUAUAUAAAUAAGCACACUCUAUAUUUCUGCAAUGUACUUCACAAUACAUAAACAUGUCAACAAACAAUGCCCAACUUCGUUAACUUGGACAUUGUGACCAUCUGUAUAAUUUAUCCAAUUACAAAAGAGAAAACCACUCAAAACCUUAUUGAAAGCCAAAUGCUUGCCCCCCCAAAAACCGUUUUGUUGCCAACGGUUUUACCGACAGUAAGCCUGCACACUACGCAUAACGGUUUUCGCCGCCGCAAAAAGAAAGAAAUAAGGCCC